AUGGAUUUCGAUUUUCCCCCAUCGGGAGAAGAGUCUGGCAAACCACACAAAAAGAAAAAGAAAAAGAAGAGCAAAGGAAGCGAUGAGGACACUGGCUUUGGUAGCACCUGGACAGAUGUGGAGAAUACCACCCCGAGCUUUGAUACCGGCUUCGAUGGUGGGUCGAGCAUGGUGCAACCUGAAGCUGAAAGCAGGACUUCUCGAAGGGUGAGCUUCAGCGAUGAUCCACCAGAAUCUCACACAUUCAACAAGCCCGAUGCCGACACUGGGGCAGGAGUGGGUCCCUGGCAAGACGAGAUGCCUGUGCCAGCAAUGCCGGACAUGGUGCAAACUCAGCAGGAGCUCUGUUGGAGGUGCGGCAAGGGUUUUGAACUCACGGACUCACUGUUUUGCCGACACUGCGGGUGCAAGCGCGGCUCGGCAAGCGAAGCCAGCAUAGCCCCAUCAUCUUUCAGCACUCCGGGUGGCCUGAUCGGGUUUGGUGAAAGCGAACCUGGUCAGCGACUUGAACGGCGCUUUUCGUUCUCCUUGACGGACAUGACAGAUGCUCGUCAGGGCCUGGUGGGUUCACCGUACCUGCCAGGGAGCGAGCCCAUUCGUGAAAGCUUGGAGCUUCAGAAAUGGAAUCCCUUAGAUGGUGUGAAGCGUCACUGGCGACCCAGUGCUGAGGAGAUUGGACAAGGUCAGCUGGGUUACAUGGUUUCAGAAAGUGGAAGCUUUCCCAAACCCACUUCAUUCAAUUCCGGCGAGUUUUCAGAUCAGGUUCACAGGGCCCAGCAAAGGCUGAGUGGACUUCAACAGAAGAUCUCUCACCUGGAGUCGUCCCUGAACCCAGAGUCUUGGCCUGCUGGUGGUUGUGUAGAACUUUCCAUCGCCCAGUUGGCUCAGGACGGAGGUCUGGGUGUAGUGCUCCAGGGCCUGGCAGUAGCAGGUAUUUCUGAUGCCAAUGCUGUGCAUGUUGGCUGGGCUGUCGGCGAUCAAAUCUUGCAGGUGAAUGGGGUGACAGUCAUAAACCAACAGCAGCUGUCCCAAGAGCUUGCAAAAGCAAUCAGUGCUCACAGAGCGGUCAUGAGGCCAAUCUCCAUACAGGUCUGGCGCCAUGACUCCGCAAAUGCUGCCCGUCAGAUGCCUCAAAACCCUUGGACGACCAGCCAUCUCCCAUCUAGCGAACCCGUGUCCCACCAGGUUUGGGCAGGCCCAAAGUUGGUCUCUCAUUCAGCAUCUGUCCCAGCUCUUCCCCCGAGUUUUUCAAGGCCCAGGAGACGCGUGAGCCUUUGCUAA